UUGCGUUAUACUGGAUGCCAAUAUCACAUUUCAUGUGGGUUUCAACCGUAAGGUCCAUUUCUGUAGAAUUUGAGCAAAAAAAGCCUAUCUUUAUUCGUCAGAAUACUGCUUAAGCUUACGCUUACGCUUAUGCUUCUGCUUCUGCUCAAUUGAAUUCCUGGUUUACUGAUUCAAGUACUGAUUCAAGUUCCUGGUUUACUUGUAACUUGUAAGAAUAGUUGUAAUGUUGUAGUGAUUUGAGGAUGAAUUGCAUGAAUUAGACACCAAUAUGAUAAUUGAAAACUUUGAAGGGUUUGAGAACUGACCCAAACCAGGCAUAUGACACCCACAAUGUAAUUGUAAUCUUGAGGAGUUUGAGAAAUCCCAAAUCAGGAUUAUUCAUUCUUUUCCAUUUAAGGAUGUGGGUUUUGACACAAUGUCGAAACGUAUGCGCUGGUUAUCGGAAUACUGUGCGAUAGAGGUUCUGCUAAACAGUUGGAAGAUUUUAUUUGAGGUGAUUAAGUUGUACGCUGUCAAAUUGGAGUUUGACCUUUCUGAGUUGCCAGAGUUACUCAAGGUUGAAAUGACUACAUCAGUGGUUAGAGUCAUUGAUGCCUUGGUGAAUGGCUAUGUUAGUUUGGGUAUGUUUGAAAUGUGUAUAGAGGUCCUGUUUCAAACACGAAGAAAGGGUUUGAUGCCUUGUAUAAUUACUUAAUUAAUCGCGUGAUUGAGCAGGAUGAGCUGUACAUGGUUGUGGCUAUAUACCAACAUGUUAAGACGAUUGGUUUGGACCUUAAUUUAUAUACAUAUAAUCUUAUGAUUAAGGUGUUGUCGCUAAAAGGGUAAUCUCGUGGAACCGUUGUAAGUUGAAUGACUGGCAAAUGAAGCUGUUGAUAAGGGUAUAAAACCGGAUAAUGUAACAUACAUAACUCUCCUUUCUAGUUGUCGUUGAGUACAAGAUACUGACACAGUUGUGACCCUUUUCGAUGCGAUAAAAGAAUAGAAUUGUGGCACUGGGCUGUUGAGAAAAUGAAGACUUCGAUGUCAGUUUUGAAACAUGUUAUAUUGAAAGUUAAGAAAGUACAGUUCACGCAAUGAACCCACAUAGUACAUUAAAGUCAAUGGGUUAGCUCAGAAGGUCAGUCAAAGUCAUGUUUGCUCAAGUGAAGUAAUGAAAUGAUUGUGGGUCUUGUGGCAUUACACAAUCUAAUUCCUGUAGAGGUUAUCAUGGAUUUUCCUCAAUUGCCAUUAUGAAAUGAACUACACUUGUUGCAAAUACUUCUAACCGCCAGUGGCUGAGGCGUCUAUUUACACAGGUUCAUCUUCUUGUUCGGAUUCAUUUAUAAUGAGAUGGAGAUCACAUAUGUCGGAGUACAGAGUAGAUAUGCAUUUUCAUGGACAUCUAUGACGUUAGUCCAAGUUACAAGUAUGUGGACAGAAAGCCAACAAUGAAUGAGAUUAGUUUGAAGUUAUAGUUUUGAGGGACGGAGGGAGUGUAUAAGACGGCAAAAAGAAAAACGACUUGGAAUGCCCUUUUCUCCCGCUUGGUUUGUGAUGGCCCAAGGGGUAAACAAUUUUACUUAUGUUUAUAUGUAAUAAUAGACAUAUCAUUUAGGGGUUGCAUUGCAUAUAAGUAUUAAAUGUAUUUCCUAAAUUGGUAUUAAUUUAGGAUGCAAGUCAAAUUCACGUGUAAAUUGUUGUAAUUAAUGUUUAUGUUAAGCUAAAUUCCACUUUUACCUCUUUAUACGCGGGUCACGGGCUGUAUAUAUAAUUUUCCUAUAUUUAUUUGUGAUGAUUUUAAAAAAAAGUCUUGCACGCAUAACUUGUACAAUAAAUUUAUUGUACGCCAUGAUAAAUUUUACCCAGUUUUUUUUGUAACUUUUAUCAGGUUUUUAACUUUUAUAUUAUAACACAAAGUUGAUAGAUAAGCAUUUUAAAGGGUUAAAUGAUUAAUUUUAAUUUUAUACAUUAAUAGUGAUUUUGAGAAAAUCAUUUUGAUUAAAAUAAAAAAAUAUUAUCACUAAAAAAUAGAUAACAUUGACAUAUAUAAGGGUAGCUUUUAAGCAUUUUGAUUUAACUUUUACUCCUGUUCUUUCCCCCCGAAAAUGGAAAAUACUUCUUUUAAUAAAAGAAGGAAUCUCAAAUGUUACAUAACGUUUUCCCGUCGAAUCAAACACACCCUCUCUUCCUCCCUCCCCCUCCCCCUCCCUCUCCUUAUCCUUAAGUCCUUUCCAGCUAAUUACUUAGUACCAAAAAGCCAUCUUUUUUACCAAAACAUAAAAAAGUGUUGUUUUACAAUGUUUCAUCAACUAAGGAAACUUUGCUAGACAGUAGCAAAGGUGGUAACUGUAGUCCUGUCUAAAUCUAAUAAUGCCUUGUGCUUUAUUUAUUGGCUUCUAAAGUUUUUUUUUUCUAAUGGAUGUGUUCAUUUUUCCUCUACUUUUCAUCUUUUAUAAAUGUUUUUAAUAACUCCUUGCAUUCUUUGGACUUUGAAAGAUGGUCCCUACUCCUAUGAGGGGUGGAUCUUCAGUUAAUUUUUCCAUCUACUAGUUGAAAAAUAUUAAAAUAAAUAUUUCAUAUUUGAUUUUGGCACUUAAAAUAGACUCAUUUUGAUUGUUGAUUGAUAGGUUAAUUAUGAAUAUAUAAAACCUGUUUCCAUUAUUUUAUUAUCGUUUUAGUUUGAUUGGGUGGUUAAAAAAAAGAUGGUUAUACUUCGCAAAGGUUUAAUAGUUACAAUCAAAUAUUGGCUACUAUUCUGCGAAAGAGGGACUGUAAGUCUGUAACUAAUGAGUUGAUUAGCAAGAUGUAUAACCCAUAUGGCCUUAUUAUAUUCACCUAUGAAUUAUUUACCUUUUAUUACUUAAAUCUUUAUGUUUGCUCAAUCUCAAUCAGUGAGGUUGCCACUUUUGCUUCAACCUAUUACUGUCAUGUGAUUAAGAAAACACCAUAUACGCAUAGUGCUGUUGCUUGUGACAUAGAUUUUAUUCUUAUAUGUCUUUUACAUAAUAUUUUGCCGUCUUACGUUUACCUAAUUAUUUAGGUUGGGAGCCCUGGAAAGUGAUAUCAUGUAUUACAAACUUUCAAUGUUGUUAUGGUAGCUGUGUUGAACUUUGUAUUGAACUGUGUAUUGUACAAGAUUGACCGGUAUCCAUGCAUCUACGCUGAAAACAUGCAAUUUUUUUUCAGAAAAUGGUGGAGUUGUGUAUUUAGACAGUAUAAAAUGGCCGAUUCUGACAUUUGGACACCGACUCAUACUAGGUACUUAUAUGACAAACUAAUACAUCGCGGGUCCAUCUUAUACUAUAAUUCUAUGCCAAAAAGUGUCUUUUAAAAAAUAAAUAAAUUGCUACAAUGCCUUUAUUUCUUGUGCCUUGUUUUCUUUACUUUCUACUCCCUCUACAUAUAUUCAGUCUGAUAUAAACAUGAGCAUACACUUCCUUAAAACACUCUUAUGAAGCAUUCUUUCUGCUAAAAAGCCUAAACCUCGCUUAUCGAACAAUAUUACUCCUCUCCCUUUCACUUUAAACCCUUAAGAGAUGGCUUCACCAGCUGACAAUCUCCAGGGACCUUUAAAAUACCAGACUUGGACCUUGAGAGUUCCAAUACACUGUGAAGGUUGCAAGAAGAAAGUGAAGAAAAUUCUUCAGAAGAUAGAUGGUGUUUAUAUGACAACAAUUGAUGCUCAACAACACAAGGUUACUGUGACUGGAAAUAUAGAAGCUCAGACUCUUCUACAAAAACUAUCUAAAUCUGGUAAACCUGCAGAAUUGUGGGCAGACCAGUCUGUGAAGAAAGAUAACAUGUCGGAAGCACCAAGUAAUGCGAAAGAAAAGAUUAAGGCCGCAAAAGAAAGCGAUGAGAAAAACAUCAAAAAAACCCAGAAAGGAAAUGCAAAAGCUACUGGAGAAGGUGGUCAGAAAAAAGAAAAAAAAUCAGCUGAGAAUCAUGCAAACCCUGGCAAAACUCUUAAAGAAGGUGAAAACUCUAAAACGGUUCCUCCUCUUGUUGGUGAAAAGUCAUUACAGUUAGAGAAUGCAGGAGUUGAUGGAAACAGCAAUGGUGGAGGUAGUGAUAAAAAGAAGAAAAAGAAAAGUAAAGGAAACAGUGGUAAUGCUGGAAAUGACAAGAACCCGAUAAAACCACCAGCAUCAACCCCUUCACCUGUAUCCGUACCAGAAGCAGCACCAGCUAUAGCGUCUGAGACCCCGGCACCAACGCCACCUGCACCAGCUUCAGUGCCUCAAGAAUUACCAGUUCCUGCAGAAUCACCAGUCCCCAUGGAAACACUUGCACCUGAACCAGCACAAGGAUUAACACCAGCCCCAACACCAGGACCGGCACCGGCACCGGCACCGGCACCAGUAGCAGUCUCAACACAAGCACCAACACCAACACCAGGAGAUGGGUAUUCAAUGCAGCAUGUCAAGCCCAACGAACCAAUGAACCAUGGGCCUCCAAACAAUUUUGGGCCCCCGAAUCAAGGUUACCCAGACGGGCCAUAUCACAGGCCUACUGAUACCUUUGAUCAUCCAAAUCAGCAAGGUUACAUGUAUCCUCCAGCUCCUCAACUCGGAAUCAGUUACAGUAUGGCACAACCUAGCAGUAGUUCCUCAUACUAUGCCCCACCACACUACGCUUACGAAUAUCCGCAGUAUCCCAUGAUGCAUAUUCCCCCACCUCCACCGCCGAAUCCGAUCUAUGAGGUACCUGAUGAUGAACAUUAUUACAAUGACAAUGGAAGUCAAUGUCGUCUGAUGUAGUAUCAUAAACUCAGAGUUGCUCCAAGAAGGCUUCAGAAGAACAUAUGCAUUAUACUGUUAAACGCCAAAGAAAAAGGAAUGUAAAAUUCAGAUCGGAAAUUCUAUUUUCUUCCUGAAUUUUAUUUUAUAUUACUUAAUUAUCAAUUGGUAGGAUUUCUUCGUAGUUAGGUAAUAUCCAUGUUAGAAUAUGUAUAUUUUGUUAGUUGUGACUUGUGACUUGUGAGGAAUGAAAGAUCUCUCUUUUUCUUUUCUUUA